AUGUGCGCAAAACCAAAAGCACUCCUCCUCGGCAAAUUCGACCAUGCCCAAAAGGCCUGGGAUUCCCUCAGUUCAAUCGCGGAGCUCGUCACACCAGCUGCAACAAACCGCGCUGACUUCAUCGAAGAAUGCAAGUCCGGGAAACUUGACGGCGUCGUCGUCGCAUACCGCACCUUCGACUCCGUCUCAAUAACAGGUCUCAUCGAUGAGGAACUCGUCAGUGUCCUGCCGAAGAGUCUGCAGUUCCUCGCGCACUGCGGAGCCGGCUACGACCAAGUUGACGUCCACGCCUGCACAGCACGGAACCCACCCCUCCGCGUCUCCAACGUUCCCACAGCCGUCGACGACGCAACGGCCGACGUAAACAUGUUCCUAAUCCUCGGCGCCCUGCGCAACUUCAACUACGGCAUGCACCAUCUGCGGCAGGGCUCCUUCAAGGGCUCUCCGCUUCCACGCCUUGGCCACGACCCUGAGGGCAAGGUUCUGGGUAUCCUGGGCAUGGGCGGGAUUGGCCGCAACCUGAAGAAAAAGGCCGAGGCGUUUGGGAUGAAGGUUGUGUAUCAUAAUCGGCGGCAGUUGAGUGAGGAGCUUGCGGCCGGUGCGAAGUAUGUGUCAUUUGAGGAGUUGUUGAGUGGGAGUGAUGUGAUUAGCUUGAAUUUGCCGUUGAAUAAACACACCCGGCACAUCAUCGGCAAGCCCGAAUUCGAAAAGAUGAAGGACGGCGUCGUCAUUGUGAACACUGCCCGUGGCGCAGUGAUGGACGAGGACGCCCUCGUUCAAGCCCUCGCUAGCGGGAAGGUCUACUCCGCUGGUUUGGACGUCUUCGAGGAGGAACCUAAGGUCCAUCCGGGACUUGUUGCAAAUCCAAAUGUCUUGCUGGUGCCGCAUAUGGGGACGUGGACUGUUGAGACACAAACUGCUAUGGAGGAAUGGGCGAUUGAGAACGUGCGCCUGGCGCUUGAGACUGGGAAGCUGAAGAGUCCCGUAUUUGAGCAGGCAGAUCUAUGA